AUGUCUCAUGUUAAUCCAAAACGUUGUGUGAAUAAGAAAAAAUCCAAAAGAGCUAUUAUAAGGACGUGGUUCCAUGGGCCCGAGAAAAGUUUUAUUAAUGAUAAGAACUUGCUGCAUAUCGAAGGUAAUUUUGACUAUGUUUCUCAGACAGCAUCAUGUUCCAUACGUUCAAAAGGACAGUCUCCGCCACAAAUAUAUGAUUUGAAGGAUCCAGCGACUAUUAUGACAGAAGCUCAAGAGACAGAAGAGCUGACACAGAAAAAAGAUAACUUUCCAGACACUGUAGAGAAGGAAGACGAUUUCGAAGAAGAUGACCUUGAGGAAGAAUUUGGAAAGAAGAAAUCACGGAGGCUGUCUAGAAAGAGAUUAGGAGAAAUAAAGGAAACUUUCAAAUUUAAUUUAGAGAGAAUGACACAUAGUAGUGGGAAAUUUUCACUUAGAAUGAAUAUUGCAGAUGAUGAAACGGAUUUUGGAGACACUACAAAUGGAACUAUUAAGACAACUGAGUCUGAAGCAAAGAGUAGAGUAUCGUGCUACCAAAGUUUUAGAACUGACCCAAAAGAUCUCUCUAUCUUGUACGAUUAUGCUAUGAAUACUAGUCUAGGGGAGUUACAAAAGACAAGUGAUGAUACAAAAAGAUCUAAUUUUCAAGGUUCAUUAUUUAGGAGAUUGGUGUAUCAAGACCUUUCCAAUGAAGAUUUUUUGGAAAAAUUUAAAAAUUCUUCAAAUACUGUGGUUCCAGAACAACUAGAUCUUUUCAGGAAUGAUAGUACUUCCAGUAUUUAUAGUUCUAUCUAUGAUUUUGGUGAUUAUUCCGACGAUUCUGAAUCUGGUGAAAAUUGUAUAGAAGAUAAUGCAAUCAUACAAGCAGUUACUCCUGCUGCUAUACAUAUAUCCACUUUAUUGGAAAAUUCAGGAAACACAAAGAGAAGUAGUAAACGUUUGCUCAGUACUGGUAGAGCGGGAGGUUCUAAGAGGCAAAGACAUGAUAUAAAUAAAGAGUCCUUUGUUGAUACUGUGUCUAAGCAAAUCAUUCCUGAUGCGACAUUAUUAUCCGUUGAAGAUAGCAUGUCUCCUCAUGUUCCUGGAUUGGAGAAAGCUGGUGAAGGGUCAUCUGAUGGCUCAAAUAGUUCUAUCGAAAUUGAUCAUUUUCUUAGCCAACCUAAGAAUAUGAACUCUGUUAGCGAUGAGGAUAAUUCAAGUGUACCAUCUUUAGUACCAGAAGAAAAUUCUACCUCUACUUCAAGAAUUACAUCUGAAUCAAGUCAAUUAUAUACAAUCCCUACUUUUAGAAAUGAAACUAAGAGUCUAAACAUUGCCAAUAUUGUUUCAAAUCUCAAAAAUGGUUCAAUACAUACAACUAGAUUGAUAUGUCUCAAUACUAAUGAUGAUAAAAAAGGUGUUUCAUAUAGAGACAAACAUUUUUAUGAUAGUUUGCCAGAUAAAUAUUUCUGUAAUGAGUCUAUUGAUAGUUCCCUAGAUGAAAACGAAGACUUAACUAAUGAGGAGUUUGACGAUCCUGAAACAACAUUCACCUUCAGUCAUCCUUAUGAUACAAUAAGGUCAGGUAAGAUGGGACGUCAAGAUCUGAGUGUGAUCAACAAUGAUGGAAAUAGUGUUAGAUUUGAUGAUCACUCUAAAUUAUUUGUCUACACGCCAAAAAGAAAAAAUUUGGUGUAUUCAAGAAAUGAAAAUCACCUCCUAGAUUCUGACAAAACUCGAAGUUUGAAAUCAAUAUUAAAAACAAAAGAUCAUAUUAGCACUGAGAUUGAAAAUGCAAGAGCAAUUUGUUGUGACUCUGUCAAUGUUAACGCAUUUAUACACUCAUUAAAUGAUUACGAAGAAAAACGAUUGACCGAUGAAAGGAACAAUGCUCUUUCAAGGGAAAAUCAAUUAAACAGAUAUUAUUCUAAGGAAUCCUCGCCAAAUCGGUCGAUUAUUGUUAGCGUUCAAAGUUGUGGAAGCGAUAAUUAA